AUGAUCCCACCGAAUGUCCAGUUUGAGAUCGACGACUGGGAUGACGACUGGAUCUACACCCAGAAGUUCGACCUCAUCCACAAUCGCUUCAACUCGACUUCGGUCGCAAGCUGGGAAAGCUUAGCUCAGAAGUCAUUGACUUAUUUGAAGGAGGGUGGAUGGGUUGAACUGGCUGAUAUGACAAUACCUCCCGAAAGCGACGACAAUAGCAUCCCAACGAACAGUAAGCUGCGCGAGUUUUUCAAUUUGUUGGUCGAGGGAUCCAACAGAGUCGGACGAGACCUCCAUGCUCCAAAGAGAUGGAAAUCUAUUCUUGCAGAUGUCGGCUUUGUCAAUAUUGAAGAACGUGUUUUCAAGGUCCCGGUGGGAGAGUGGCCGAAAGAUAGACGGUUGAAGGAAGCCGGGGCAUUCGAGAUGGAGACGCUGCGAGAGGGACUACCAGCUAUCGGCAUGGGCGUCUUCACAAGGGUGUUGCAAUGGUCUCCCGACGCCGUGGAAGACUUCUUCAAAGGCGUGAGAGCGGAGCUGGAUGACAAGACUAUCCACUUUUGGAUCCCAAUGUAUGUUGAGUAUUCUUGCGGGCUCCGACGAUGGCCAUAAUCAGCUAACUUGGACCGGCGCAGGCACGUCGUUUGGGCGCAGAAGCCUUUUUAA